CUGCACGGCAUCCGAAGGGCGAUUUUCCUGUCGGUACUCCGUACCUGGGGCGAAUGGCUUUGUCGAGAUCCAGCGUUGCCCCUCGUGCCAUGUCGUUCGCGACACUUACCUUGGGUUGGCGGGCGGUCAGUGAGUUAAUUUAGUGGAUGUGUUGAUUCCAGCGUUUGUUCUCUGUACAGUUCGAAAUUCGGCCUUUGGCAGCCAUAGCUAGCGCACGACCGCGUCUUUCUCACGUCUCGCGAUAAAAUGACACUCCCCGCCCACCAGAAUUGCAAUCUUUCAUUCCGUCUCAACUGGUUCGUCGCGGACUCCAGAACGCGCAUCGGGGCCGUGGGCUUUACGCUCCUUGGCUCAGCGAGGCGGGGGUCCUCCGAACACUUCCCCAUCAACCCACUCAAACGAUCUACGAACAUGCAACCCUGCCAGGGGUUUGUACCAUAUUACGAGAAUUCUGGAGGCAAAGCACGGGAAUUUUCUUUUCCAGUAUGCGACAGAGGAGCCCAAAUGCCUCCUUAGGAGUCGGAUCCGUUCUCAGCAACCGUGUGCCCAUCAUGAUGAAUCUCAGCACCUGUCGAGGUGAAAUCACGAGAGAGGUCUGGACUCUCACAUCCCAAUUUUAAGCUCCACUUCAAGGUAAUUUCUGCCCAGGCCCAGCUCCCUCGGCGCGUCGUCUGUCUGAGACUCUUAACAUGUGGGUGUCGACUACGACCACCAGACCCUUUAGUGUAGCAUCCGACUGUGGAGUUACCCGCUCCCAAAUUCACAUCCAUAGUUUAUUCUAUUUCAUCGGAAUCGAAUACAGUCCUCGUCGCGCUACGAAUUCUGCUCGUGCCGCCACCUUUCGAAAUAGAAGUUGCGCGCUCUCGCUCCGCCACCACCCCUCUACGGAGUACACGAAUUACAAGUCAGAUCACUUGGCCCAGGAGCGACCAAUGUUGAAUGGCAGCGAGUUGGCAGUUGUGACUGGGUAGAGAAGUACCAAGGACAACCCUGACUGCCUGCGGUCGACCUGCUCUCAACGGAUGGGCCGGUGACUCGAAACCCCGGCCCAAUAAGUGGAACAUCCUGGCCUGCCCACGGUGAUAGGUGGAAUCGGCUGUGUAGUGGAACUUUGGGGACUGGCCUACCACAUCGCAGGGUUGCCCAGUCCUCUCCAGAGUCACACUAUUUCUCCAUAGCACCACCUUCGACCUUUGCCCUCCUCGUCGACGAGCUUCUUGGAGACCUGGUCACACUGGCUCCCAUGGCGUCGGAGAAAACAUUUACUGGAAGGAAUCCCCUCUGCUUAUUAUCACCCGGACACUUGCGCAUACUGAUGCUCGCCUCUCAAUAACCAUUGUUGGGUUUCAAAGCGCAGAUGUCGCCCUGCGACAGUCAUCUUCACAGCGAUCGGAGUGCGUGCUGGAACUUAAAGCGUUGAAAUCUUCGUCGAGAGAUCCAAGGGGGUCACUGAAAUACUCCAUCGAGGGGCUCCAACAACGGCUCUACUGCCCAUGAAUCAAUUGUUGUGAUAUACGUUCAACUUUUGGGGGGAAACAAAGGGAAGAACACAAACCAAAAGACCCCAAAGUCCCGACGGCGAGAUAGACCAUGGCGUUGGAUUAUAGUAAAAAUGGGCUUUGCCCAGUUCCUUUUUUGCAAGAAGAUCUUUACCCAGCGGAAGGGGGAUUUGUUCAUGGUCGGUCCUGCGCAAUCCAAGGAAAUAUAUCCUGCUGCUUGCCAUGUCCACAGGUGGAUUGGAGAUACAAAGAUGAUUUCAUGGACAAAACAGCAGUUGCCAACUGGCUUGCACUGGCUGUUUUUGUGGUGAACGGCUUUAUGUUGAUCACUUAUGCUGUCUUACCUGUUAAAUAUACACAUCGCCAUUAUUUGAGCAUCUGUCUGAUUGUUGCAAUUAUGCUAAUGGAGCUCUCCUUUAUAAUUCCACUCGGCGCCCAACCGCAACAGUGCUACAAUGCGAUUACCCCCAACGAUAUGAAAUCAGACAUAACGUGUGCCUUUACCAGUGCCCUGAUUUUGGGCGGCGGCUGGUCGGUGAUCUUAUGGAGUUUUUGCCGUACCCUAUCCCUCCAUCUACAGAUUUGCUGGGAUGUUGUACCUGGCCAAAAAUUUUUCAUUUCCACAAUGGCCUUUGGAUGGGGUAUCCCGAUCGCAGGUGUUACAGUCGCAUUAGCGGUUACCGGAAGCUCUUAUCGCUUUGGAAGCAUAUGUCACAUCAACCACGACAAAGGGCUUUAUGAUUUCUGGGGCCCGUUAAUGGCCUUCGCUGCCGCUACUCUGAUAAUCCAUCUGGGUACUCUAGGCUACUGCAUACAAGUUUACGUCAAGUCCAUGCUGGACAACAAUCCCACGACAGAUAAUAGUUCCACUUUGCCCUCCUAUACGGGGAGUGUACGAACUCUUUCAGCCCGUCAAACCUACCGCCGCGUCAGAAGAGUCUUGCAACUCCAAUGGAGAGGCGUUGCUGUGGUGCUUACUAUCCUGGCAAACGUCAUUUUCUUCACUAUUAUUUUUCUAUCUCUUGAUAACUCUGCCAGAAGAACACCAGAAAAUUCGAUCAAACAUAGACCCUGGCUCGAAUGUCUCGUCAUAGCCGGUGGGGACAGAAAUCGAUGCGUUGCAGAGGCAUCCACCCUCGGACCCAGUGAAGCUGCUAUGUUGGCAGUUUUGAUCCUGCUUUCUCUAAGCGGAUUUUGGACUAUCGUUUUCCUGGGACACGUUAGUAUGAUUACAGGUUGGUUCAAUUGGAUAAAAGAGAAGUUACGUCCAAACAAGGAAUUCGUCUCCAUGGAUGCUCGCGUGACGGGCACCCAGAGUCGUGCAUACGAGAUGCUCAGCGCAGAUCGCCAACAGUCCUUAAAAUCGCCAGAACCACUGCUCUCUCGGGCCCGAGACUCCGAUAAUUCUAUCUACACAAUGGGUGAACCUACCUACACGCUUGACGCAACUGCUGAUAAUCCCGCCCGAGAGGCCAAGUAUAACAGCCCGCCACUCAGCUUUUCCACGCCUCGACCACCAAGCGCAUCCCGUGGCUUUUCUCCCCGGGAUUGGGACCCUCGGUCGACAUUUGCUCCAAGCCAAGGUGGCGGGGCGCACUGGUACGAAAACAAAAAUUCACCUUGAGGGCUUGUGCUUCCUAUCCCGCUGGAUGGGCCUCUCUUAAUCCGCGAUAUUCGAGCCUAUUAUGGAACCCACAGCCCUUCUUCCCCAAAUGAAAUGGCGCUUGCGAAUGAUUCGCAUAAUAGAAUGCGCUUUGGGAAUGUACUGUGGAUGUUAUAUUGCUAUAUGUUCAUGCAACCCCGCCGAGCGGUAAACGGAUGUGGCGUUAUGUUGACGGCCUCAAAUCACUUGAGUUAUCUUCCUACUUACUUAUAUUCUUGUCGGUCGUUUCUACACCGCUGAACCCAAUACCUUUAUUGUUUCCUUGUACAGAUUAAUGUUUUGAAUACUGUGCCGGCUGCUGAUAUAAUUUUUCUUGUAUUCAUCGUCUUAGCGAUGGGUGGGCGGAAUUGGAUACCUCAACUGGGAUAUACUGGAAUGGAUAGGCGUUUUGCCCCUUCGUUUUGAGUUCUCGAAGACAUUGCCGAGCCUUUUCUUUUGUCUUCCCUUCGAACACUAUACUACACUGUUACCUGACGGAUAAUUUCUUCUUCCUUUCUUUCCUUCCUUUUUUUUUUUUUUUUUUUUUCCCUCCAAAAUAUGCAUUCCUGGGCGGAGUUGCAAGCGGGGAUGCUUCCAAGGCACCGGGGAACCUGGCCCCAACGGCAUGAUUGGGAUCGCAGUGGAUGAGACGUGGACCUUGAGGCAGAGGCUAGUUCUGAUCUCGUAUUUUACUUGAACAAUGUGUACAUCUAGUUAUAGAUUCACAUCAUAAUAAAU